CUUUUACAAAGCUCGAGACCUCUUUCUCCGCGAACAGUAUCUUCUCCCGAGAAUUUCCUCUCGAUUCCCAAACCCUAACCCUAAUCCUCUCCCAUGGCGAACCCGCCGCCUGACGGAAUGAACGACGACUUCUUCGACCAGAUCUUCUCCAUGCCGGCGGCCUACGGUGGCGGUAAGCGUAUCCGCGACGAUGAUCAGGAGGUGAAGAGAAAUCCGUCCGAAGCGGAGAGAGAGCAUCCGGUGCAGUUGACGAGCUUGUUCCCGCCGUACGGACACGGCCAGGUUCAUCACAUCCGGCCUAAUCCUCCUCCUCAAGUUCUUCAUGGGCAAGCACUGCAAGGCACAAUGAAUGUAGCUCCUCAACCUCCAGCUCCUCGGCCGAGAGUGCGUGCAAGGAGAGGCCAGGCAACCGAUCCUCAUAGCAUCGCAGAGCGACUGAGAAGAGAAAGAAUUGCUGAAAGGAUUAGGGCAUUGCAGGAAUUGGUGCCGAGCACGAACAAGACAGACAGAGCAGCCAUGCUUGAUGAAAUUGUAGAUUAUGUGAAAUUCUUGCGCCUCCAAGUCAAGGUUCUAAGUAUGAGCAGGUUAGGUGGCGCUGGUGCUGUUGCGCAGUUGGUAGCUGAUAUCCCCCUGUCCUCAGUUGAGGGAGGAGACACAAGCGAUGGAAGGACCACGCAACAGGUAUGGGAGAAGUGGUCAACCGAUGGCACGGAACGCCAGGUAGCAAAGCUAAUGGAAGAAGAUAUCGGCGCUGCAAUGCAAUUCCUCCAGUCCAGAGCCCUCUGCAUUAUGCCAAUCUCCCUUGCAGCUGCAAUCUAUCACACUCAUCCCCAGCCUGAAUCUUCGUCAGUCAAACCCGAACCCAACACCCCUUCGUAAACUUGGACCUCCUCCCAUCUGAUGCCACUGAUAGUAUUAACCUUCUAUUCCUAUAGAAGAAAAUCAUACAGGGAGGUACGAGAAUCUGACACGUGCCCCCCGCCCCCGAGCAGAAAUCUUAAAGCUAUUGGUUAAUAAUAACCACCCAACUUCAAAUUUUCGACGAGACACAUGUAGAUAUGUUGUGAUCUCCUCUCUCCCUACAAGACUUUCUACGGAUGGCCCCCCCAUAGGAUUGUUUCCGUUCCCCUCUGAGGUUCUUUCCUUGCUGUCGUCAAAGGCGGUGUUAGAUUGCAAGGGAACGGAAAGAGGGAGAGAAUCUAUACGUAUACUACUAGUCAAAUAUAUCCAAAACUUUGAGCGCUUUUUUCAGGGGAGAGGAAAAGGGGAGGGCUUUAGUAGUAGGUCUUUGCCUGCUAUUAUUUUGCUUUUUGGUGGGGGGGGUGUAUAAGUGCGCUAAUUGAUGACCACUUCAGUGGACUGGUGGGGAGCUCUUUUUUUUUGGCUUUUGCUUGUGGGGUGUGGGCCCAGCUAAAAGGCAUGGAUGUGUAAUUGUGUAUAGAUUAUCUCAUGUUUUUUUUUUUU